UUAGAAAUACAUUGAAAUUAUAUAAAUUUCAACUAUAAAUAUUGUAAUUUUAUGGUCUGAUACAAUUUAAGCUAAUUAUAACCCCAUUCAUUUCAAUAAAAAUAACAUUUGUUUUUUAAAAAUUUGAAAAUUAGCCCAACACCCAAAUAAAUAUGAAGGCUAAAAUGGGAGUUUCUCCCAACUCUUGUGCCAAAAGCUGUCAUUGAUUCGUAGCUGACCAUUUCAGAACUAUCCAUACCGAUCAAUGAACUCAUCAAGAAUCUCCAUUCGGCCGUUCAAUCUUUCCGACGCCGACGACUUUCUCCGAUGGGCCAGCGACGAAAGAGUAACCCGCUAUCUCCGAUGGAACACGAUAACCUCCAAAGAAGAAGCAUUAACUUACAUAGAAAAGGUCGCAAUUCCCCAUCAAUGGCGCCGGUCCAUAUGCCUGGACGGCCGUUCCGUCGGGUACGUUUCGUUCAAGCCAGAAUCGGAGGAGAAAUGUAGAGCGCAUAUCAGUUAUGCGGUGGCUGCGGAGCACUGGGGACAAGGGAUAGCCACGAUAGCACUGAGGGCGGCGAUUCCGACGGCGCUGAGGGAGUUCCAGGAGGUUGUUAGGGUUCAGGCGAUGGUUGAGGUGGAAAACGAGGGAUCGCAGAAGGUUUUGGAAAAAUUGGGGUUUUGUAGAGAGGGGGUGUUGAGGAAAUACGGAUUUUGUAAGAGCGAAAUUCGGGAUUUGGUUGUUUUCAGCUUUUUGAGAACUGAACAAUUCAUGUGAUCCAAUUUGGAUGGAUAAUGAUAUAAUCUUAAAUAAUUAUUUAAAAUA